AUGGAGACCCCUGAAGGCAGCACUAACCAAACAACCUACUCCUUGGGAAAUGCAAAAAGGAACAUGACUUAUUCCCCAUACUACUCGCACUCACCACCUGUUGCCGCCAUCUACAUUGUCGCUUACCUGUUCAUCUUUGCCUUGUGCAUGGCUGGGAACAGCCUGGUUUGUUUCAUUGUACUGAAAAAUAGCCGGAUGAGGACAGUCACCAACCUGUUCAUCCUCAACCUGGCCAUCAGUGAUCUGCUGGUGGGCAUCUUCUGUAUUCCUACCACACUAGUUGACAAUUUGAUCACAGGUAAGCCAAAAGGUGGGGGGGGGGCAUAGGAUGGCUAAGCGCAGCCUCUUGGUUUCUGGGGGAAAAUUCACCUUCAUGGCCCCUUGCAAUCUUCCCAGAAGCACAUGGUUUGCUGUGGGUUACAUGGACCUUUGGCUUCUUAUGUUCUUAUGGGGAAAGAGGGAAAUGUUCCCAGAUCAUGUGUUGGACCCAGGCUAAGCUGGUUGCACUUACCUCCCACUGAAUUCAAGGGGGCAAGGUUAGUCAGGGCUUAAAUUCAGCCCCAUUUAUUUCAAAUGAAACUAAUUUCAAUGGGUAACUUGUAUCCAAUAUUAGUCAUACUCAGAGAAGACCCACUGAAAUUAAUACACAUGACAUAGGUUUAAUGGGUCUACUCUACAUAGAGCUUAGUUGGCUACAACCCAAUUGGCCUUGAUCCAACCCCAUAACACAAUGAAGGGUGGUUUAGAAAUGUAAUUAUUAUUAAUGAUGGUGAUGAUGAUGAUGAUGGUGUAAGAUGUGAUUCAUACAACCCUCACUUUCAUGCUGAAUGUUGACUUGACAUCAUGAUAAAACAGAAAGCAACUUGGAAGGGUGGGACUUUGAGUAGAGAAUAAUAGUAAUUAUUAUUAUUUAUUAUUAUUUAUUAAAUUUCAUAUUGCCCUAUACCCGCAGGUCUCAAGGCGGUUACAACAUAAAUCACAAUAUAAAAACACAAAAGAACAUAAUCCUCUUUGAAAGCCACCAAAGUUAGUGGCCAUUGUGUGAGUGAAUUUCCAUAGUUUUUGGCCAUGCACAGUGUGAAGAAGUCCUUAUUUUUGUCUGCCAUGAAUGCUUCAACAUUCAGCUGCAUGGAGUCCACCAGGGUUAUGAAAGGAAAAAAACUUUUCUCUGUCCUCUUCUUGAUGCCAUGCAUAAUUUUUUACACCUCUACCGCCUUGUCUCUUGCCUGCCCUUUUUUCUAAAUGGUCAGCAGAGAAAAGAUUAAGCAUCAUUCUCUCCUGUUGCUGUGCAAAUCAUAACCUCCUCCUCACUUUUUGAAAAGCAGCUGAGCCAAGCUGGAGAUGUAUUGGUGACAAGAUUUCCACAGUGGAGAGAGACCACCUGCAUGUUAAAUAGAUAGCAUCAGCUGCUAAAACUAGCCUCUCUCUAAUGUCUGCUGAACUCUGUCUCAUGGCCCCUAACUGCUUGCUUCCUCCUAGGAUGGCCUUUCAGCAACAGCAUCUGCAAGAUGAGCGGGCUGGUGCAGGGCAUGUCUGUUUCGUCAUCUGUCUUCACCCUGGUGGCAAUCGCUGUGGAAAGGUAAGAAGAAGGUGAGGUCCUAAAGCAGGAAUGGGGAGCGGGUAGCCCUCCAGAUGUUGGUCUCCAGCUCCCAACAGCCCCAGCCAGCAUGGCUAGUAGAAAGGGAUGAUGGGAGUCGGAGUCUAGCAACAUCUGGAGGGCCACCGGUUCCCCACCCUUGCCAGAAAGGGAGAGCACACAGGUUUGCUGUGAGAUCAAGCUCAGUUCCCAUGCAUGCUUUGGGGCCGAGGAAGGAGGAAACUGAUGCCCAUCACCCUUCUUUCAAACAAAUGAGCAAAGUUCCAUAGAUCAGGUGCUUAAUGUGUUAAUAGGUGUCCGUUCUCAGUUCAGUGGAUAGGACUGGGUCAGCUCACCCAUAUGACCUGUCCAUGGGGACUGUCACUUGUCCCAUGCAAUCACCCCAGCAGCAGUGACCAGACAAUCUGUGAGCCGUGGCGAGGGAGGCUUAGGGGGUGGAGACGCUGAAGACCUUGAUAAAAGGGUAUUUGUUUGGCCCCUUCCUGGUCAGAGUCCUAUCCUGAGGCCAAAUGAUGCUAAGUGGAAACAAUAAGAGAUGGAGCACUUUAUUAAAGGAAAUACAGGUGUUUGGGACUGCCAAAUUUAUUGUGACAGCAGUCCUCCUGUGUUUUAAAUAGCUGCAUGACUGACAGCAAAGUAGCAGGUCUUCCCCACUUGCUCCAUCCUCAUGUUAGGCACAGUGUCAAGGAGCUUAUAAAGCUGCAGGACUGAGAAGGAAAGUGCCAGUGACAUGCUACGACGUGAGAUGGGAACUUGUGGGAUGGGAGCUUGUGGUGGCACCCCAUCUACGGAAUACAACGUAUUCACUCAUCUGUGCUGAAGGUCAAUGCAUUCAUUUGCCCAGUCAUCUGAUCAACACUCCAUGGUACCUCAUUUCAUUAACAUGGUACCCUCUAGCAGUUGUGAAGUUUCAUUAGCCCCCAGCCAGCACAGAUCUGGAGGGCAUCAGAUUGGUGAAGACUGGAUUAGAGGAUUCAUCCACCAUUUUAGAAUGUUGUAUCAUUUUACUGUUGUUAGCCACUCUGAGCCCGGCUUCGGCUGGGGAGGGUGGGAUAUAAAUAAAAUUUUACUAUUAUUAUAUCCUUUGCAUGUAGGUUAAUACUGUUGAGCAUGAGCAGUUGGGGGAAAGAGAUAAUGUUUGAGGUAGCGAAUGAGUGUUGUGGUUGCAUAGAAUGGAUGGUGAAUGAGACAUGUGGGUUGAAAUUUUACAUUAUGCUGCCUUGUAAUGCUCUCCGAUUUCAUUGAUAUUAAUAGUGUGUUUAUGUAUGAAUAUUUGUUUUGCAAAUUUAUAUUUAUUUACCUAGUGUAAAUCUUCAUUUAUAUUUAUUUACCUAAUGUAAACCACUUUGAUAUCUCAGACAGGAAGCUGUCUAUAAAUGCAAAUAAUAAACAAAUAAUCUUAAAUAAUGGUGGUUGAGGCCAGCUUAGCCUCUUUAUCUCCUUGCCCCUCAAUGGCCCAUUUGGGCCAGAUAGAAAGCGUAUCUUUUUGUUCCUCCCUUCUUGCAUAGUAGUCAUUCCCCUACUUGUAUUCUUCCUCCCCUUUUCCUCUGCAGGUUCCGCUGCAUUGUCUACCCAUUUAAAUCCAAGCUCAGCCUCUUCCAGGCACUCAAUACCAUUGCCAUCAUCUGGGUACUGGCUAUUACCAUCAUGUGUCCCUCUGCUAUCAAGCUCACAGUAGCUCAGCAGGAGGACAGCUACAUGGUAUACAAUGGCAAUCAGAGCAUGACCUACCCCUUGUAUUCAUGCUACGAGGCUUGGCCCAAUAGUGAAAUGCGCAAAGUCUACACCACUGUGCUUUUUGCCCACAUCUAUGUUGUCCCGCUGACCCUCAUUACAUUCAUGUAUGGCCGAAUUGGGCUCAAGCUGUACAGGUCGUCAGGCCCAGUGAGUCAGCACCAGGUAGUUCACGAAGGUCAGUGCAACAUGGCGGUUUCUAGAAGGAAGGUGAAAGUCAUCAAAAUGCUUGUGCUCGUGGCUCUGCUCUUCAUGCUCUCCUGGUUACCUCUGUGGACACUGAUGCUGCUCACAGACUACGCCAAGCUGGAUGAGCAACACAUAAAUCUCCUUGCAAGUUACGUCUUCCCCUUUGCGCACUGGCUGGCCUUCUCCAACAGUAGUGUCAACCCCAUCAUCUACGGCUACUUCAAUGAGAACUUCAAGAAGGGCUUCCAGGCAGCCUUCAAACUCCAAACCUGCUCUGAUGAAAUGGUCCAUCAAGGGGUCUAUACUGAGCAGACAACCGUCAGCACCAGUGGCUUUGGUACCCGGAAUAAAAUCUUCACUGAUGGGGAGUCCUCCGAUUCAAUGUGCUUGAAGAACCUGCCCCCUCAAGCUCCCUGUGGCCCACAGGCUGGACAUGGCCAGGGACAAGGACCAGGAAUACUGCUGCAGGAUGUCAACGACAUCACACCCCUGAGCAAAGUUUGCAAAGCUUGGGAUGCCUGA